AUGCAUUCCUCUAUCCCGCCAAAUGUUUAUGUGGCGCUCAAGCUGCCGUCAGAAGUCACGAAGAUUGUCCAAACAGUGCCUAACUCGUACGGUAAACCCCCAUCUGGGCCAGUGAUUGAAGUGGUAGCUAAUCUGAAUGCUAGGAACAUAUCGCUGGGGAAGUACGGGUCUUUUCCGUGCAAUCAAAUCAUUGGAAGACCGUUCUAUGCAACCUUCGAGAUUGCAGACAAUGCAGACGCUGACGGCCAUGUUUUGCAUAUUGUGCCUGCAGCCGAACUACAUACCGAAGCGCUGCUAGCGGACGGUGAGGGCGAUGGCGAUGGCGAAGCUGGAACGAGCACUCCAUCUACCGCAUUUCCUCAAGAGGAUAACAGGAACAUCAUUGAUAACAAGAGCACCCAGCAGCUCACAAUGCAACAGAUUGAGGAGUUAAAGCAGUCUUCUACGGAUGCGGGGAGGGAGAUUAUUUCAAAGCUGCUUGAGUCGCAUUCCGCACUGGAUCAGAAAACUCAGUUCUCCCGCGCUAAAUAUAUGCUUAGGAAACGAAAGAAGUAUCUGCAUCGAUUCACGGUGGAGCCAAUGGAUGUGAGCGCGUUAACAGAAUGGAUGCUGGAGCAAAAAGACCCAGGUCGGAUCCUGGAGCUACGAGACGAAGCGAUAGGUUUAAUCGGAGCUUGGGCCAAUGUACAUUAUGGAGGUAGUGGAGAGCCUGAUGGUGCAGCAAAAUUGGAUGGGGUUAAUCAAGCAAAAGGACGAUGGUUGAUAGUGGACGACACUGGUGGCCUGGUUGUUGCGGCUAUGGCGGAAAGGGCAGGCAUUCUAUAUCCUCCCGAGGUGCUAUCUGGAGAGGGGCUUAGUAGCACUACAAAGCAAGGAGCACGGCCUCCACAGUCUACGGAGGAUGACGCGCCAGCGGUAGACGCAAUGUCCAUGUCUGCAUCUCACACGACACUAACGAAGUUAGCGAGAAGAGCUGCUAGCUGGGAGCCCUCUAAGCGAUCGAUGCAUUUCAAAAAGAAACGGCGCUGGACAAAGGUACGUAACACAGUUGACGAAACCAGAGCAGGCGGAUUUGACGGCCUUAUCGUUGCAACUCUUAUGGAUCCCGCAUCUAUACUCAAGCACACGGUCCCGUUGCUGGCUGGGUCGGCACAGGUCGUCGUGUACUCACCAUAUAUUGAACCGUUGGUGCAGUUGGCGGAUCUAUAUUCUACUGCCCGCAGGACGGCGUACAUCACCUACAAGCGAGAGGUGGCGGAAGGGGCUGCAGAUGAUAAGGAGGAGGACUUCCCAGUUGACCCAACAUUGCUGUUAGCGCCAACGUUACACACAUCUCGAGUGAGGACGUGGCAAGUGCUUCCCGGACGAACACACCCGCUCAUGACUGGCCGGGGUGGAGCGGAGGGUUACGUUUUCCACGCAGUUAGGGUAUUGCCUGCAAUCGGGAAGGUGGAAGCUCGAGGAGUUCAAGCGAAGAAACGUCGAACAGAGACUUCAUGA